AUGAGCAAACUCCUCGUCGUCUUCGGCGCAACAGGCCAACAGGGUGGGUCGGUCAUUGAACAUGUCCUCGACGACCCUGAGCUGUGUUCGCAAUACAAGAUCCGUGGUGUCACACGCGACACGACAUCGGCAACGGCCCAGGCUCUGAAAGAAAAAGGCGUGGAGGUCGUCCAGGCGGAUUUGGACGACGAGCCUUCCAUUGCGCCCGUCCUCCAGGAUGCGCACACCAUCUUUGCCAUGACCACCCCAUCCUACAGCCCGACCUGGAAGGGGUCCGAGUGGGCUCAAGGCAAGGCCAUUGCCGAUGCCGCAGUCGUCCAAGGAGUCCAAUACAUCAUCUUCAGCACACUCCCCCACGUCAAAGAGAUCUCGGGCGGCAAAUACACUCGCGUGUGGGGCUUUGACGCGAAGGCCGCUGUGGAAGAGUACAUCCGCAAGCUUCCUGUCCGGAGCGCCUUCUUCUCGCCCGGCUCAUUUAUGCAGAACUGGACUGGCAUGGUGAAGCCCCAGCAGGAUGCCAGUGGAGACUACCCUGUGGAGCGACAUAUCAGCCCCCAAACCCAGUUGCCUCUCAUUGACGUGGCCGGAGACACGGGGAAAUUCGUGGGCGCCAUCCUGGCCAACCCUGACAAGUACGAGGGCCAGGUUUUCUGCGCCGCUACCAAGUUGUAUACGAUGGAACAGAUCUGCCAGAUCAUGGCGAAAGCCACGGGCAAAAAUGUCUAUUACCGCCAGAUCUCCACGGAAGAGUAUCUCGGCAGACUGCCUCCCUGGGGCAUCAUGCUGGUCGAAACCAUGUCCUAUCAGCAGGACUUUGGAUAUUACGGCCCUCAGACCCCAGAACUCGUGGAAUGGGCGGUGGAAAAUGCACGGGGAAAGCUAGCCACUUUUGAGGAGUACAUGAACAAGCACUCUCGCAUGUUGGACUGA